GGAAUAGUUCCAUCAACCAUCACCAUCUAGAACUUCAACAACACAAUACAAUCAGCAUCAUGGCAACGCAUAAGUCACCAGCAGCAGAGAUUGCUGCAGCACUCAAUGAUGGCAAAAUACAUCUCCUCCUAGCUGCAACGGGUUCCGUUGCCACAAUAAAGCUACCGCUCAUCAUCGCUGCAUUUGCAGACCAUCCCAACAUUUCAAUACGAGUGAUCCUCACCAAGGCUGCUGCCGAAUUUCUUCGCGCUCAGUCUGAGGAGCAGCCUUCGGUAGAGUCUCUCACAUCGCUGCCUAAUGUGGACUCGGUUCUCCAUGACGAAGAUGAAUGGGUUGAGCCUUGGACUCGAGGUGCGGACAUACUUCACAUCACCCUCCGUAGAUGGGCUCAUUUACUAGUUAUCACGCCACUGAGCGCGAACUCCCUAGCGAAAGUGGUUCAUGGCAUGUCUGAUAAUCUGCUCACGAGCGUUGUGCGUGCGUGGGAUACGACGGGGUUGGUCGAUGGGAGGAAGAAGCGGAUUCUUGUCGCCCCUGCAAUGAACACAGCGAUGUGGGUACAUCCUGUCACAGCACAGCAGAUUCGCAUGCUGGAGGAGGAUUGGGGAGUGAAAGAAGUUGAUGGGGAUGAACAGGGCUGGUUCGAAGUCCUCCGUCCUAUUGAGAAAUCGCUCGCGUGCGGUGAUGUGGGGUCUGGUGGAAUGAUGGAAUGGAGGGAGAUCGUGAGGAUUGUGAAGCAGAGACUGGGCCUUUGAAAGGACCUAGCGUCCUAGUACUAAGUUCUUAUUAUCGCCCAUGAUAUUGGGGAUACAAGCAUCGUUGAGGUGCAGCGGAAAUGCGACGGCCCGAAGCGGUACUUCCACCCGUUGUUACAUCACCAUGGACGAAAGUUCCUGCAAAUGAUACGUUGGGGCUUUCUAUGACUCAUUGGAAGACCGCUCAUCAAUGAUUCAAGGACUCUUGAUAGAGACCAUGUGUCUCGCCUCUUCCCACCACCUUUCAUUCUAUAAUGCCCGCAUUUAAUCAUUGCCGACACCCUCCAGCGAUUGGGAGCUUGAAAUCUAGUCGCACGGUGAUUCACGUUUGAAUAGAGACGCAAUGAACGAAAGCUAAAUUGAGUUCAAGGUUUUUGAUGCUCAAAAUA